UUUCAUGCCUAAUCAAUAGGGCAAAAAAGCAAAGCAAAAAAGCAAAAGCAAUAGCAAUAGGCCACCAGACCAGAACAUUCAUAUAUAUCGAGAUAUAGAAAUGGCGGCGCCGAUGCAACACGAGGAUCUGCUGAAGCUGAAGAGCUUCAUCGAGUUUGUGGACUCGAAUCCCACGGUAUUGAACUUGCCGCAGCUGCAGUUCGUCAAAGAUUUUGUGGAGAAGUUCGGGGGCACGGUACCGGCUGGUGAUUUCAAGAUGCCCGACGCCUCUGCCGGAGGCAAGUGCCCCUUUGGUGGCGAUGCUGGUGCAAAGGCCAAAAAGCCGGCUACUGGGGCCGCCGAUUCCGCGGAUACUAACGCCUCCGAAGAUAGCGAAGAUGAGGAGUCCCUUUCCGAACCCGAAUCGGACGUGGAGCUGGACAUGGAGGGUGUCAUCGAGGCGGACAGCGAUCCCGCCCAGCCGAUGGGCGACUCCGCCAAGGAGCCCACCGAGGAGGAGGUGGACCAGGCGGGCGAUUUGCGUGCCCAGGCAGCCUCCGCCUACGGCCAGCAGAAGUUUGACGAGGCCAUCGCCUUCUACACCAAGGCCAUCGAACUGAAUCCGGGCAAUGCCCUGUUCCACGCCAAGCGUGGCCAGGCCUUCCUCAAGCUGAAGAAGCCCAAUGCCUGCAUACGCGACUGCGACAAGGCGCUUGAGCUCAACUGCGAUUCGGCGGCUGCUUACAAGUUCAGGGGACGUGCCCGUCGCCUGCUCGGUGACUUCGAACUGGCUGCCAAGGAUCUGAGGCAGGCCUGCAAGCUGGACUUUGACGAGGAGACGGACGAGUGGCUCAAGGAGGUAACCCCGAAUGCCAAGAAGAUCGAGCAGCAUCGCGUGAAGCAGGAGCGUCGCCAGGCCGAGCGAAAGAUCAAGGAACGUCAGCGGGCCCAGAGGCGCGCCCGCAAGGAGCAGGCCAAGCAGAGCGCCAGCUCCGGUGGUGGUGGAUCAGCCGGAGGAUUUCCUGGAGGAUUCCCGGGCGGCUUCCCCGGUGGCUUCCCAGGCGGAUUUCCCGGCGCAGCAGGCGGCGGUGGUGGCAUGCCCGGCAUGCCCGGCGGCGUAGACAUGGCCGAUCUGAUGGGUGCCAUGAAGGAUCCCGAGGUGGCAGCCGCCAUGCAGGACAUUCUCGGCAACCCGGCCAACAUCUCGAAGUACGUAUCAAAUCCUAAGAUCUUCAACCUGAUCAAGAAGUUCGUGCCCGGCGGAGAUUUGGGAGCUGCUUUUGCUCAAGCGGAGGAAAAAUCCGGAGAGCCGAGCGAGCCAAAAACUAAGAAGGGCUCCGCCGAUUUCGUGGACGAUGGUUUGGACUAAGGAUUGGGGAUCGGGAAUUAAUAAGAAUGACACAUGCGGCGAUGAAAAUAAGUUAACAAGUCAUACACACGAAAUAGAGCGAGAUGAAAAAGCGGCAAAGAGAGACAGAGAAGAAGAUGGAGAAGGGAUAAGGAAAACACUAGGAAAAACAAGAAAAGCUGCUGCCUUACACAUUUCCCAGCUCAGAAAUAACUUGAACAUUUCGCUAAGCUUUAUCUUAACAUUAACUCAAACAUUAAAGAGAGGUCAGCAAAGCAGAAAUACAAAUAAUUAUAUAUAUAUAAAAAGAAAUACCACAAACAGUCGAAAGGAUAAGUUUUAUUCCAAAAGGCAGAUGAUUGUGUAAGAAACUAGAGUAGAAGGAAGUGAAGCUGCUUCUUCAGACAUUUUCCAAAAGCUAGUUGAAAAGCUAUUUCCAAUUUUCACAUUAAAAAAGGUUUAACUUAUGCCUACGCUAUUGUCAGUUCACCAGAUCAUAAAGUAUCCUGUAAAGAAAAGAAAUGCGAAUGUUUCCUUACUAACGUUUAAAAGUCAAGUCAUAUUCAAGUCUGUCGAUCGAUCUAGUUGAACUAAAGCUCGAUAAGAAACCAAAACAAAUGAAAAAUAUUAAAUAAUAUUAGCCUUAAUUAACGAUACUCGAAGACAUCAGAAUAACAGACCGAAAAACGGAGAAAAAUACUAAUCACACCAUUUUGUCAAACAAAAUUGUACUGAGUAGGAUUUGAAUAAUAUUGUACUAAGCAAUUGCAUUUAACCACCCGAAAUGAAAUCACUCGCCCACUCAUAUUCAUCCACACAUAUAUUCACAUGCCGAUAUGUCAAACAUUCAUUCAACCAGUGAUCAAUGGAAUUAAAUAAACGAGAAUCCGAAGUGCUAA